AUGACGACGAUAUCAACUUAUACCCUCCCUGCAUCGGUGGAGGAAAAGUACACCACGGUGUACCAUCGGGAAUUCGUCUUGGAGCAGCGAACAGACCCUACUUAUACUACCCAAUCGGCACCCACUGAUUCGAUCAUACCAUCCAAGACGACUCAGCGUGCACUGCUUCUACAUGCUGCGGGAGAACAAUAUACCCUGGUGACUGAUCAUGCCAUCCCGGAGAUCUCUCACAAGGACGAGAUCUUAGUUAAGAUUCAAGCAGUUGGGUUAAACCCUGUCGAUUGGAAGGGCCCAGCCUUCAACUUCGGCCUCCCCAGUCUACCAUGGAUCAACGGUCGGGAUCUCGCCGGAGAAGUGGUUCGGGUCAACAAUGAGAAUAGUCGGGUUCGUGUCGGCGACAAGGUGCUGGUUCCAUCGACAGACUAUCGUGAUAUUCGGAAAGCUGCCUUUCAAGAAUACGCCGUCGCUACCCACUUCAACGCUGCACGUAUACCAUCGAACUCCUGCAUCCACGCUUCUGCCUCGCUCGGUGUUGCCUUUGUCGCUUCUGUCCUAGCCCUUGGUGUAUCACUCGGUCUUGACUUCAGGGAGUGCGCCCAGGCCCCGGGUCCGAACUUGCAGGAUACGGUUGCUCAGCUUGAUAUCAACGAUAUACCCGCCGAUAUUCGUGGGGAAUGCUUUUCAUCAAGUGCGGUACCGGAGCGUCUCAGGAAGGGUGACUGGAUUGCUAUCUGGGGUGCAUCCACUACAACCGGAUACAUCACCCUCCAACUCGCCAAGCUCGCAGGCCUCCACGUCAUCUGUGUAGCAGAUAUCGCCCGCCACGGCUCGCGACUUCAUCAACUCGGUGCAGAUGUUCUUGUUGACCGACAAGAUACGGAACGAGCUGUGGAUAUCAUACGUGGAGUCACCGGAGGUAAACUCCGGUAUGCUGUUGACAUUGUCGGGGCAGAGACGGCGACACUACUACAGCGCACACUUGAUAAUACUAUCCGCGAAGAUGGCUCUCAUUCUCAUCUACUCGGUUUGACAGGCCUGCCAAAGGAAAGAAACGAGGCAUUGGUAUAUCACACUGUUCCAAUCAAGCUAUUCCAUACUUCUCCGACCGUGGGAGAGCAGAUGGUCUCUUGGUUGGAGGGGUUGCUGGAGACCGAGGCGUUGCAACUGCCAGAGGUUGUUCGACAUGAGGGCGGGUUAGGGAGCAUUAAUGAGUCGCUGGAGGUGUUGCGCAAGGGCAGUGUGUCGGGGAAGAGGAUAGUUGUUGAUAUGGCGGAGUAG